GGAAGGACCGGGAAGAAACAGAAGCAGGGCUCUUUUCUUCUCCCGGUUGACGCCGUCGGUGCACAAAGGGGGGUCGGAAGGCAGAUACAUUGUCCACGAUGGACGGCAAUCGUCCCUUCGAUUCGGCCUCCGAUCGCCAAGAGGGCAAGUGGAUGCAAUACCUCCGGCAGGACUUUCUUCUACCGAACCACACCGGCGAGAACCACACCGGCGACGAUGGCGAGGGAGACGACGACAGCAACAGCACCCGUUUCUUUGUCAGCGAGGCGUCCACGAGCGAGGCGGAUUCCCUCGACAACCUCAUGCGGCUCGGUGGGGUAGACGAAAACCUCUUGCUGCUGGACCACCCGUCGAGCGAGGAGGAAGUCGUUUUUCUCCACCCGCGGGACGGCGGGGACGGGGACGGACCGGAGCCGGAGGACGGGAACGGAUCGAUCUCCCUGGAACACUCCCCGGAGACCACGACCGGGGCCCUUCCGUCGUGGGCGCCCGCAAAGCUGCUUGGGACCCCCCCGCCGAAGACGCUGCCCCCGGCCACCGGUUCCGGGGCGGAAGGGGAGGGCACCCCCGAUGCGCCUCCCCCGCUCCCCCAUGGAUCGGUCCAGGCCUCCGCGGCGACGAAGGAACACCAGCACCCUUCCUUCACGCAAAGCAAUCCGCGGGGAGACCGGCCGCUGCCCCCCUCCGCGGCCUAUUCGCCCGACAACAUGAGCCUGUCCACCUUCGACACGAGCUCUCCGAACCGGUGGAACAACAAGGUGGAACUGGACCUGUCGCUCAUCCAGGCCACCAGCGAGAACAGAAGCAAACGAACCGGUCCGAGAGGGGGAGCACGGAACGAAGGCAUCGGAAACGACCCUGCUGUUCCGGCAAAACCCGCCGAGUCGAGCCACGCCACAAACCAUCGCCGCAACGUAUCGAUCGUGGGAAUGAGCACGGUGGAAGGCAACUACCGCACCCAGGCCCGCGAGAAACGCGGCACCGCAUCGGCCAGCGCUGCCGACGACCAUUCCUCGAAUUCUUCCCUGUCGGCGUCGGAAGGACAGGUUCGGCAGCUGGGAGUUUUUUUGGACAACCUGAGACUCAGCAGCGAGGGGCAGAUGAAGGAAUCCACCGUCCCGGGAUCCAACACCUCCUUUGAAUCCUCGGUGCUCGUGCACGGGCAAACCGAGGUCGAGGACGUCCUGAGGAGAAAGACCGACGCACAAUCCCGGGCCAGGCGCGACGCGCGUCAACCGCAGCAAGCACCGGUGCUGUCGAGCCGGGAUUCGUCGGGAUCGCGGCCCCUCUUUAUGGAAUACUCGAACGAUUCGUUUUUGAACACGCGGGGACCGACCGGCAGCCUUCUCAUGACCUUUUCCCAGGACAGCGCGGAUUACAUCCAGCAGCAGCAGCAACAACAACAACAACAACAGAGCCCGGCGGGCAAUCGAAUGGACGCGACGAAAUCUCCGAGGUUGUCGCCUGGUCCACCCCACCACCUGCCUCCGCUCUACUCGACAGCCACGCCUUCUAGCAUUUCCAGCGGGUACAAACAGCAAGCAAACAGGCAGCGACGGUGGACCGGAGAUGGAUCGGAAUCCAAGCCGUACAACCAAGGUGCACCCGGUGCGAGUGGCAGCAGGAACUAUACAAAGUCCACCAUUGAUCAGAGCAGCAGCGACGAACGGGCCAAGCAACAACAAGAAAUAGGGCUGUUUUCGCAGUUUGCCACGGGAACCAACGACAACGACGGUGCCACCCUGCAAUCUCGUCGAAAGAAGCAAGUCAGCUACCGGCAACUGAGAAAACAACACAUCCGGCAAGAGUCUGGAGAAGAUUCUUCCUCCCAGGCGCUGCCGGAUCCAUCGCACUCCAAUUUCUUCCAGCCCCCGCUCGCGCCAUCCCUGUCGCAGCAAUCCCUAUCGCAACAUUCGACGGACGUGAGCUACGACUCCGAAGCCACAUCGACCACCCAGAAUUCUGCUCCCUUGCCCCGGGGUCCGAUCCACGGACAGGAGCAAGGCCUACCCGCUGCUGCGGGGGCUUCCCACCAGCAGCAUCCUUCCGGCAUGCUCUGGCUACGAAACCGAUCGCAGAAAAAGACGGGCUCGCCCAGCCCGGGCAGGCCGGGCCAGGCCGGUCCGGUUCCUCUCUCUGCCUCGGGGCACUAUGCGGCUUCCUUUGACGAAUACCAGAUGCCCAGGCCACACCACCAGCACCAUCCGCCACCCCCGUCGCUCCACGCCAUGCCGCUGCACACUGCGCCGCCGAUCCCUUGGAACAACACCAUGUACCAACAACCAACGGCGUACUACGCUCCCGGAAACACCCACCGGCGCGUGUACAGCGAGGUCCCGAUGCUGCUGGACCCGCGCUUUCAGCACGACCCGUACCACCUCCAUCACCACCAACAAUACGGCCACACCCGAAACCGUUCCGUAGCAAGCCCGCAGUACGAGCAGUCUCCCGUCGUCGGCGCCGACGGCACUUUCAGCGAGCCCUACCAGGUGUUUUAUGGAUCGGCUGCUCCCGACGUGGAGUCGCACGCCGUGCCCAAUCCGCAAUUUUUCGUGGACAACCUCAAGCCGCCGAAUCGCAACCACAGCCAGAGCUACGAUUCUCUGUUGCACAGGGCCAGCAGCGGUGAGCUAAGCUCGAAGGAAGUAGCACAAGGGGGGCAGGAGCAGGACGAUCAAGACCUAGAGCGCAGAAAUUCCAACGUGGUAGAAGACUGCUCUUCGUACUCGGUCUCGAGCCACACGAGCGACGAUUCCAUCGAAAACGAACGAAACAUUCACCACUUGCACGACAAUUCGUGCCACGACAAUCGGGUGAUUCGACACCAUCACCUCGAUAACCCGCAAGCAAAAUUCGACAGGCGUCAGUUCCUUCCAAAAACCUCGAGCAUUUACGGCAACAUCGGCGGCGAGAGCAAGUGUCCGACCUUUGUUUGUCCCAAUUGCAACACACGCCAGAGACAAUUCUUCACGGUAUCGAGCGCUCCCAAAAACAACGAGAGCGCUGGGUUGUUCAUUUCUCUGGGUUUUGCGACGUACGUUUUUGCGUCGCUCUAUAUUUUUGGGCUGCAGGAAGGAUGGGGAAAGCUCGAUUGCAUUUAUUUUGCGGUGAUCACUCUUACCACCGCUGGACUGGGAGAUCUCGUGCCGACUUCGAACGGGGCAAAGAUCAUUUGCAGCAUCUAUAUCUACUUUGGCGUCGCGUUCAUUGGUUUGUUGCUCGGUUCGUACAUUGCGAGUAUGCUGGACGAGCGAUCCUAUCGGGAGGCAAUUGCCAACCAGAUCCGGGCGUGCCCCAAUUGCACGAGGAUCAGGAACAUUCGGUACGCUUCGGAAAGGCGCAGGGCGGCCUUUGGUCCGGUCUCAAACAACAAGGUCAGCAUGGAGCGCGUGGCACAGAUGCACGCCUCCACGCUGCACAGAGAUCCCAAGCCGGUGCGGCGUGCCGAAGAAGCACCAAACCUGCUUCCGCCGGGAAGACAGCACCCGAUGGAGCGAAACAAGGUGGAUCUCUCCACUACUCCAAAAUCGCCUUCGGGAUUUGAUUCCAUGUCUCCCAGCUUUCGUCGGCAACUACUGGGUUCCCCGAUGACGUCUCAGAUCCUGCUCCGCCAGAGCCAUACGAGGCACGGCUCGAUGGACCUUCGCAAGGACAACAAUUUCGGCUCUGCGAGCCACUUGAAAGGCGGCCUGAAUCGUUCCUUUCAUGAUUCCCCGAACUCCUCUGUUUCGCCGCAAAGCGGGCUGAGCGUUGGAGCCGGGCGUUUCCGAAACAACUCCGCGGACAUUCACAUUCCCGCCACCGUGAACGAAGGAGCACAAUCCAAUUACGGCACAAACAACACGGCGUCGCCGAUGCCUCCAACGCCAGAACCGCCUCUAGAGGCAAAGGAAGACAACAAUGGCAACACCAAUCCGGAGGAUCCACCACCUCCGUUAUCUGAGAUACCACUGAAAAACCACCAAGUCAUGGAAAACGAUGAUUUGACCACCGAAGACAGCGACUCUUAUGAUUCUGAUAGCCUGGAUUCAGAAUACGGCGUGAGAAGACGUCGCAAGAAAUAUGGUGCAAGAAGUGCAGACGCGGCAUACGUAAUUCGAACGUUGCGGGAAGCACUGGUCAAUUCGAUGGUAAUCAUUGCCUUUGGCUGCCUAGGAUUUUAUUUGAUCGAGGGCCUCAGCAUGAUUGACAGCUGGUACUUUACGACCGUCUUGUUAACAUCCACUGGAUAUGGUGACAUUGCUCCCAAGUCGGAUGGAGGAAAGCUUUUUGCCACCGUGUAUCUACUUGUGGCCGGAACAAUUCUCCUGAACAACAUGUCCAUGAUCAGUAUGAUCCCGUUGGAACUUAGAAAGAGACGCACCGAGCAAGCUGUCCUGAGCCAGUUCGGAGAUUCCCUUGACGACGAUGCCCUUCGUGAGCUUGCCACGGGACCAUUGGUCCAGCGCAUCAAUCUCGAACGCCAAGAUCCGCGUGGAUUAGACGAAUGUACCCGGGAGAUGUUUGCGCUGGCCAUGAUGAUUCGCCUAGGAAAGGUAACGGAGCAAGACAUCAACCAAACGUUCGCCGCCUUUCGCAAGCUGGACGUCAACAACGAGGGUGUGCUGAAUAGCAAAUCAAUCAUUGCGGGCAUGAUCCACAAACGUCGCCGCACUAUGAACAAACACAACAACGGUAACGGACGAACGCGAUACAGUGGUAUGUCCCAGGGGUAUGGCAGCUGGAUGUAUCCAGUUGCUCCUCCGUACGUCGAUGGCAAUCGCGGUGCCAACAGCACCAACAAUGGUAACAUCUAUGUUUCCCAUGCCGUUCCAAAUUCCCAGGGUCAUUCCGUGCACUAUUCCGAUCACACUCCUCUUUUGUCUUUGUCCGAAAGGGGCCCUCCUCUCCACAGCAACAGACGUCGAUCUUCUACAUCAUAUUCCAUGGACGAAUGAAGACGUUGUUUUCGCGGUCGACAUAAAUCGACAAGACAUAAUUUGAUUCGGUUCAUUUUUCAUAAAAUAUAGAAUACACU